AUGGAGUUCAUAUUUAUUGAAAAGACCAGUAAAAGCUCAAAGAAUCCAUUCACCCCAGAAGAAGAUCGUAAACUCAGCGAUCUUGUGAAGUUCUUUCCACGAAAAAGGGAUAUAAACUGGAAUUAUAUAGCACAGCAGAUGAUUUCGAGAAAUCCAAGGCAAUGCAAAGAUCGCUGGACUAACUAUCUUGACAAUAGAAUCAACAAAAAAGAUUUUACGCCGGAAGAAAAUCAUUUUCUUCUUGUCAAAGUUGAGGAAUUGGGAAAGAAAUGGAGAAAGAUUGCUUCAUUAAUGCACAACAGAACUGAUGUUAGUCUAAAAUCUCAGUAUCGAAAAUUAAUGAGGCGAAAUGCAUCCAGAGAAAAUGUUUAUAAUCUCUGCAUGGAAGCAUAUUCAACUAGGAGAAAGAACAAAUCUACAGCCAAUACCAAAAAAGAAGAUCAAGUGCUUGAUUUAACAAUUCCUGAGUCAUAUGAAUUUCAAUUCAUUUUCGAUGAAUUGAACUCAUUGAGCUUUGACCCGGCGGAUUUGGAAUUUUAA